GAGAAAGAGAGAGAGAGAGAUGAGGAAGGAGGAGGAGAAUGGAUUGAGGUUGAAGAACAACAAUGUUGAGGGCAGCAAUGAAGAAGAUGAGUUCUGGGUAAUGAAUGGUGCUUCAAACCAUCUCCCCAUCUCUAGAUUUUCGUCUCUCUUGGCCUCCAAAGAUCGUGAUUUUCUGCUCUCUCCUACUGGAAACCAGGUAAAAAUAUCAGAGCUUGAAGGUAAGGUUGUAGGCCUUUACUUCUCAGCUAACUGGUACCCAUCAUGUCGGAACUUCACGCCUGUCCUAGCAAAUGUCUAUGAGCAAUUGAAGGGUCAAGGGGUCAGUUUUGAGAUAGUCUUUGUCUCAUCUGAUGAAGAUGCUUAUGCCUUUGACAACUACCGAGCUUGCAUGCCAUGGCUUGCCAUUCCAUUCUCAGAUUUGGCAACAAAGAAGGCCUUGAACCAAAGGUUUAAUGUUGAAGGUAUUCCAUGCUUGAUUAUUUUCCAACCUAAAGAUAAUGAAGAUGCUGGACCAUUACAUGAAGGUGUUGAAAUCAUUUACCGCUUUGGUGCCCGAGCCUUCCCAUUCACUAAACAGAGAUUGGAGGAGCUGGAGAAGGAAUUGAGGGAGAAGCAUGAGAGCCAGACCCUAAUCAACUUAUUAACAAACCAAACUAGAGACUUCCUUUUGGGACACCCUUUACCUAAACAGGUACCUGUUGCAUCAUUGGUAGGCAAGACCAUUGGACUCUACUUCUCAGCUCAGUGGUGCCUUCCAGGUCUCAAGUUCACUCCCAAACUGAUCUCUAUCUACCAGAAGAUAAAGCAAAUGUUGGUGGAAGAGAAAGAGAAAGAUGAAGACUUUGAAAUAGUACUUGUGUCCAGUGAUCACGAUCAAGACUCUUUUGACUCAUACUUUGAAUCCAUGCCAUGGUUAGCAUUGCCAUUUGGAGAUCCAACUAUCAAGACACUCACAAGGUACUUUGAUGUGCAAGGGAUCCCUUCAUUGGCAAUUUUAGGUCCUGAUGGAAAGACCCUCACUAGGCAUGGAAGGAACCUUAUAAACUUGUACCAAGAGAAGGCAUACCCAUUCACAGAGGCUCAAUUGGAGUUGCUAGAGAAGCAAAUGGAUGAGGAAGCAAAGAACCUUCCAGCCUUUGAGUUCCAUGAAGGACAUCAUCAUGAGCUCACACUAGUGUCUCAGAGCACUGGUGGAGGGCCUUUUAUAUGUUGUGACUGUGAUGAACAAGGUUCAGGAUGGGCGUAUCAGUGCAUUGAGUGUGGCUACGAGGUUCACCCAAAAUGUGUAAGGGCAGUGAACCCUGGACCCAGUGGGUGAACCAAAUGAACCAUUGUGGUCCCUGUCCUAUUUCCAUUAUGGGGUUGGUGAUUGUAAUUAGCAGAUGAUAGAGAUAUAUAGUUAGUUAUAAACACAAAAACGCACUGAUACUCAUAGACACUUUCUGGCUUGUACUUGGGCUUCGUUUGUUUUUGAUGUAAAUCAAACGUCUUUAGUAUGUUGUUGCUUGAAUUAA